CUUAAGUUACUGCUUACUACCCCAACUCACCUCGCAUACCCGGACAGAAGUCUUCUUUGCGCUGCGCGAUCGCAACAAUCCUUCACUACAACCCGACCCUCCACCAUUAGACCGUCCACGCUCUCAAAAUGUUGAUCAAAGUCCGUACCCUCACCGGAAAGGAGAUCGAACUCGACAUCGAGCCCGACUACAAGGUCUCCCGCAUAAAAGAACGCGUCGAAGAGAAAGAGGGCAUCCCCCCGGUCCAGCAGCGACUGAUCUUCGGAGGCAAGCAGAUGGCCGACGACAAGACCGCCGCAGAAUACAACCUCGAAGGUGGCGCCACACUACACCUGGUCCUCGCGCUUCGUGGUGGUUUCUGAACGAAAAACGACCGGAGGAAAGGAAGGGAAAGAGAGAAACUGGUUGGUAGCUGCGUGCAUGGAUAAUAAUACAUCGGUCCUCCCUCGACAUGUUCUGUCAUCGUCAUCGUCGUCAUCAACGUCACCGUCAUACUCAUACUCAUAAUCAUGCUCAUCUACUCCAUUUUUCACGCUUCAGGACUGGUUUCCUGGAAUGAACAUCAUCAUGGCCCGUCUUUUCCUACCCCACAGGCGUAUAAAUUCGAGUCGCGUAUAUGUCGCUUUCGUCCGUGGACUAGCACGAUGUUGAAAUGUGGCUUAGCAGAAAUGCAGUAAUACCCCCUCUCGUUGAAAUCUAUGCGGUGUGCGAAGCGCGGUUUCUAAUGGACUGGAGAAAGGGUGGGGUUUGGUCGUAUGGAAAGGGCGGCUGUGGUUGACAAGGUUUGCUGUUGUAGUAUGGCCGGGAAAGAAGAAUUAUAUGUGGAUCAGGG